CUUCAGAAUCAAUAUCCACACUUCUGUUGAUUAUCUGCGUGCAUUUUGGACAAAUCUUCCAACCAGGAUACUAGAAGAAGAAAUGGCUGGUGGUCUUUCACCAGGUUUCUUCAUGGAGGAACUUAAUAAAUACCGUCAGAAGGAGGGAGUAGUACUUACAUAUGAAGAACUGCCUAAUUCAGGACCUCCACAUGAUAGGAGGUUUACAUUUCAAGUUAUAAUAGAUGGGAGAGAAUUUCCAGAAGCUGAAGGUAGAUCAAAAAAGGAAGCAAAAAAUGCCGCAGCCAAAGUAGCUGUUGAGAUACUUAAUAAGGAAAACAAGGCAGUUAGUCGUUUAUCAUUGACACCAACUGAUUCUUCGGAAAGAUCAUCCAUUGGAAAUUACAUAGGCCUUAUCAAUAGAUUUGCCCAGAAGAACAGACUAACUGUAAAUUAUGAACACUGUGCCUCGGGGGUGAAUGGGCUAGAAGGAUUUCAUUAUAAAUGCAAAGUGGGGCAGAAAGAAUAUGGUAUUGGUACAGGUUCUACUAAACAGGAAGCAAAACAACUGGCUGCUAAACUUGCAUAUCUUCAGAUACAUAAAUCAGAAGAAACCUCAGUGGUAUGUACUGCCUUUGCAUUAAAUUUUUAAAGAAUCAGUGAUAAAAACAGUAAACUAAUAGUUACAUCCUUUUCUUCUAGGGCUUCUGAAUCAUCACCUGAAAGUAGUUUCUCAGAAGAUACAUCAGAGAUAAAUUGUAACAGUAGUUUAAACAAUUGUUCUUCAUUGCCUAUGAAUGGCCUCAGAAAUAAUCAAAGGAAGGUAAAAAGGCCUAAUUUGGCGCCUAGAUUUGACCCUCCUGACAUGAAAGGAACAAAAUAUACUAUGGAUACGAGGUUUGGCAAGGAUUUUAAAGAAAUAGAAUUAAUUGGCUCAGGUGCAUUUGGCCAAGUUUUCAAAGCAAAACACAGAAUUGACAAAAAGACUUACGUUAUUAAACGUGUUAAAUAUAAUAGCGACAAGGUGGAGCGUGAAGUGAAAGCAUUGGCAGAACUUGAUCAUGUAAAUAUUGUUCACUACAAUGGCUGUUGGGAUGGAUUUGAUUAUGAUCCUGAGAGCAGUGAUUAUGAUCCUGAGAGCAGUGAUUAUGAUCCUGAGAACAGCAAAAAUAAUUUAAGAUCAACGACUAAGUGCCUUUUCAUCCAAAUGGAAUUCUGUGAUAAAGGGACAUUGGAGCAAUGGAUUGAAGAGAGAAGAGGCAAGAAACUAGACAAAGCUUUGUCUUUGGAAUUCUUUGAACAAAUAACAACAGGGGUAGAUUAUAUACAUUCAAAAAAUUUAAUUCAUAGAGAUCUUAAGCCAAGUAAUAUAUUCUUAGUAGAUUCAAAACAAAUAAAGAUUGGAGACUUUGGACUUGUAACAUCCCUGAAAUAUGAUGAAAAGCGAACAAAGGAUACAGGAACUCCGCGAUACAUGAGCCCAGAACAGAUUUCUUCACAAGAAUAUGGAAAGGAAGUGGACCUCUAUGCUUUGGGGCUAAUUUUUGCUGAACUUCUUCAUGUAUGUAACACUGCUUUGGAAACAUCAAAGUUUUUCAGAGACCUACGGAAUGGCAUCAUCUCAGAUGUGUUUGAUAAACGAGAAAAAACUAUUCUACAGAAAUUACUCUCAGAGAAACCUGAGGACCGAACUAACACAUCUGAAAUACUAAACACCUUGGCUAUGUGGAAAAAAAAACCAGAGAAAAAGGAACGAAACACACGUUAGAGCCCUUCUGAAAAAGUAUCCGCUUCUGAUUUGCAAUUUUCCUUGAAUUAUCUAAAAUCUGCUAGGGAAUAUCAAUAGAUAUUUACAUUUUAUUUUAAUUUUUCCCCUUAAUUUUUUACUUUAUUUGCAGAAAGGUUUCCUUCUUUUCGCUUCAGAAACAUUCUUACGUUUUACUUUUUCAUAAAAAAUUAUAACAUCGUUCUCUGCCUCUCAUAGUUUAUAAGGUAGUUGGAGAAAUAUGGUACUCAUAAAAAAAAUAAGUGAUGUACAACCACUUUGGAAAAUAAUUUGGCAUUAUCUGGUAAAGUUCAAUACAUGUGUAUCCACAAAGCUAUCAAUUCUAUUCCUACAUACAUGCUUGUAAGAAUG